AUGAGAGCAAUUGCGACGCCGUUAUGGACGGCGAUUCCGAGUCUCGCGCGGCCAAAGGCGCCGUGGAUCUGUCGGCAAUGUCUGCGAGCCCCCGAACGACCAGCUGCGAUUGCUGUCCAAACGACGCGGAUCGAUGUCACGAGCCACAUCCURCGCGCAAAGGGAGCACGAGCCUUUUCCUCCUCCACCAAGACAUCUCUCGCGGAACGGACGGGCAAGAUCACAUGGAGGGAACGCGUGCGGUUGGACAGCAAGGAGAGGCGGCGAGUCGCCAUUGGCGUCACCGCGCUGUUCCUGCUCGGCAGUGGAGCGCUGGCCUUUUCAUCCGAGGCGAGACAUAUCUAUAUUGCGGCAGAGAGAUGUGGGAGGGUCGUGGUGACUUUAUAUCUCAAUAUCCGGGACUAUCUACACAUCCUCAAGCAGCAGGAUUCCCCCACCUUCCAGGCCGAUCUGUCUGAGGUGCACAAGCGUUGCGCCCAGAGAACUCUCAAGGCCAUGGAAAARAAUGGCAGUAUCUUCAUCAAACUGGGCCAACAUCUGACCAGCCUGAACUAUCUCCUUCCCUCCGAGUGGUGCGAGACUUUCAUCCCGCUGCAGGACAAAUGUCCAGUGUCCAGCUUCAGGUCGAUUGAGCAAAUGGUCAAGGCAGACACCGGUAAAUCGUUGGAAGACUACUUCUCCGAGUUUGCCGCCGAGCCCAUUGGUGCCGCUUCCCUAGCACAGGUCCAUCUGGCGCGAAUCCGUGAGACGGGUGAAAAGGUCGCGGUGAAAGUGCAGCACCCCGGGCUCGACGAAUGGGCUAGCCUGGAUAUGUGGCUCACUCGCUUCAGCUUCCGAACAUUGAAGUACUGGUUCCCUGAAUAUGACCUCACCUGGCUCAGCGAGGAGAUGGAAGUCUCACUGCCCAAAGAACUGGAUUUCCGCGAGGAAGCAUACAACGCCCGUCGAACCAAGGCCUACUUUGCAAACAUUCCAAGCCACCCCCUGAUCGUUCCUACCGUUCUCUGGGCCGAGCGGAGAGUGCUUGUAAUGGAGUUCAUCACCGGCCACAGACCCGACGACCUCGAAUUCCUAGACGCAAACGGUAUCUCCCGAGAUGAGGUCUCCGCAGCUCUGGCUCGAAUCUUCAACGAAAUGAUCUUUGGGACUGACGCACCACUACAUUGUGAUCCUCACGGUGGUAACAUGGCCAUUCGCCUCAAAGAUCCUUCCAAACGCUCUGCCAAAAACUUCGAAGUCAUUCUGUACGAUCACGGCCUGUAUCGCGACAUCCCGCUUCAGCUCCGUCGCGCCUACGCACAUAUGUGGCUAGCGGUACUGGAAACUGACAUACCCUCAAUGCGCCACUGGGCCUAUGAGAUCGCUGGCGUUGGCGACGAGGAAUUCCCCAUCUUCGCGUCCGCGAUUACAGGUCGAGAUUUCAGUGUCGUGACUUCGAACGUCGUCACAGAUCGGCACAGUCCUGAUGAACAGCGUUCCCUCAGCGAAAGUCUUGGGCAAGAUCUGAUCGAGAAGUUGGUUGGCUUGCUCGCAAGAGUGCCGAGAGUCAUCCUUCUGGUGCUGAAGACGAAUGAUCUGACGAGAUCGCUGGAUGAGAACCUACAUACAACCCAAGGCCCGAUGAGGAGUUUCAUGAUCCUAGCGAGAUAUGCGGCGAGGUGUGUGUGGGAUGAAAGAAAGGAGGAGGUCAAAAAAGAAGGCAGCGUGUGGUGGCCACAAAACAUGUUUAAAUUGGGAAUAGCUGCGCUGGCGUACGCAAAGGUGGCCGUCAAGUUGAGAGUGUAUGAGUAUUGGCUGAGUGCCCGUAGAGUGGUGGGCUUGUCCAAUGACAUAACCUCUGCGACGGGAAUAUUAUAG